GGGAAACCAGGGAGGAGGAGGAGAGAGAGAGAGGGAGGGAGGCUGGGAAGCAGUGAGCAAGUGAGGGGAUCAGUAGCAGAGAGGCAGAAGGGUGAGACAGGAAGACAGACACAGCCUACCUUCCUCACCGGAGCAAAGGAAAGAUUGGCUUUCAUUGUUGGGAGUGCUCCAAUGCCUGGUCCGACCCAAACCUUGUCCCCAAAUGGAGAGAACAACAACGACAUCAUCCAGGAUAACGGGACGAUCAUUCCUUUCAGGAAGCACACAGUACGUGGGGAACGUUCUUACAGUUGGGGAAUGGCGGUCAAUGUGUAUUCUACCUCGAUAACCCAAGAGACUAUGAGCAGACAUGACAUCAUUGCAUGGGUGAACGAUAUAGUAUCUUUAAACUACACAAAAGUCGAACAGCUUUGUUCAGGAGCCGCCUAUUGCCAGUUCAUGGACAUGCUAUUCCCAGGCUGCAUUAGUUUGAAGAAAGUAAAAUUUCAAGCAAAGUUGGAGCAUGAAUAUAUUCACAACUUCAAACUUCUGCAAGCAUCAUUUAAAAGAAUGAAUGUUGAUAAGGUCAUUCCGGUGGAGAAGCUAGUGAAAGGCCGCUUUCAGGACAACUUGGAUUUCAUCCAGUGGUUUAAGAAGUUCUAUGAUGCAAACUACGAUGGGAAGGAGUAUGACCCCGUGGAGGCUCGGCAAGGCCAGGAUGCCAUUCCCCCACCUGACCCUGGUGAACAGAUCUUCAACUUGCCCAAGAAAUCUCACCAUGCAAACUCACCUACGGCAGGUGCUGCUAAAUCUAGUCCAGCUUCUAAACCAGGAUCUACCCCUUCUCGUCCCUCAUCAGCGAAAAGGACCCCUUCUAGCAGUGGCACAGCAUCCAAAUCUGAGAAAGACUUAGAAACCCAGGUCAUACAGCUCAACGAACAGGUACAUUCAUUAAAACUUGCACUUGAAGGUAUGGAGAAGGAAAGAGAUUUCUACUUUGGAAAAUUGAGAGAGAUUGAGCUGCUCUGCCAAGAACAUGGGCACGAACAUGAUGAUCUCGUGCAGAGACUAAUGGAGGUCCUAUAUGCUUCAGAAGAACAUGAGAGCCACACGGAGGAGCAGGAAGCAGAAGAACAAGUUCACGAGCAGCCUCAGCAGCAGGAAGAAUACUGACCCGUUUUCACAUCUCUUGACACUUUUCAUUUUGUUGUGGGAACUUUUCUUCUGGAGAAUUGGAACAUGUGUGGCCUCAAACACGAAAGAAACCCAUUGCUCUCCAUCCGCUACUACCACAGACAUACAGCAGUGAGUGCCAGCCAAUCCACUGCAAGCUCUGCUCGCUCCUUUGCCAAGCUGCAUUAGCAGACGUUUACUCUCUGGCUGUCCACCUGAGAGAUUGUAGGGUCACAUUCUUUCAACUUCACCACUUGGCUGCUUGACAUGGGUUCUGUCCUUUUCUUUCAAAAAGAAUCCCCCCCUUUCCCCCCAACUCUUGUCUUAGUAUGAUACCGUUGUAAUUUGAUAUAUAGUAUUUAUAUUGGCAUCUUACGACAAAAUGUUACUAGAUGUCACACACAUUUGUGGUGCUUUGAUGUUUGCAAGUCUGUCUGCCUUUGAGCAUAAAUUUGGUCAAAUGAUGAAUUGGAACAAAGGGAAAAGAAAUACUUGAGAGUGAAACGGCAUAUUUUCCUGGGUGAGGGACGGGAAGACUUGUGCCACUACAAAUCACACGAUCUCUCUAUUCACAAAACUAAAAGCAAAACAAUGGUUUCAAAGGACUGAAAGUCCCUUCAGUGUUUUACACAGCAUGUUAGACAACCACACAGUAUGUUAUUAUUUUUGGAAGAUCUGAAUCCACUUACGAGGAAAAAAAAAAAAAGAAACAUCUCAGUUUUCCUUAUUUUUUCCCCUUCUGCCCCUCCCCACAUCCUUACCCUGCCACCAGAGGUUUUCAUGGUCUUUUCUUUCUCAGGGUCCUAUUUGGUGGAUAAAUAGAUAGAUAGAUAGGUAUACAUACAUAUUCCCCAAGAUGCUGCUGCUCAGUAUCUUCAACCAAAAGGGUUCUGGGUAUGUAGGUCAGAGAGUGACCUGCUGCCUCCUGCCCCCUCCCUCCCUUUCCUUAUUGGUACCCUAGGUGAAAGAUAGUUAGUGUGGAUUUCAGUGCCUCUUCUCCAUCAUCCAACCUGGAGGAAGAGCGAGGCCUAGCUAAGGCCAUUGGCCACCAACCAGCUCCAGAACUAAUGGCUUUUCUUAAAGAAGAAUAAGUUCUUCUAAAAGAAUUACAAUAAGGAAUGGGUUGCAGCUAGCUGUGUUUUUCAAGUUCUGUGCACCCUGUGACAGGAAAUUUCACCUGAAUUUGAAGCGAGGUUCUGAUUAAUGGAAGCACAACCUCUAAAACACCUUCCAGCUCUAAACCUAUGAUCCUCUGACCUCCAAGGGAGACAUUUCUGCAGUCUGGUGUAGACUCUGCUGCCUAAGAUGCUAGAGUCAUAUGGCAGAAAGAUCCCUGACUUCCAGUAGCAUUUGGAAUAUGGAUUUUUUUCCUCUUAAUAGGGCCCUUCUUGUUGUUGACCUUUGCUAAACAGUGACAAUUUAUAAAUAGAGCAAAUAUUAAUGUAUUAAAAGCAUUCCUUAUUUUUUAACUAAAAUUUGCACAUUUUAUUAGUCUCCUUCUGAAUCUUCAUCGCCUUUUUUUUUUCUUUGCCAUUUGCAGUUGGUGUUCCUUCUUGGUUCAUUUUGUUUGGUUUCCAAUUUUUGAUUUAUUUUCACUGGUUAUUUGAUUUAGCAGGUGCAACAAAAGCAAGAAACAAGUACCCCUUCCACCCAACCCCACACUCCCCACUUAACUAAACAGCUAAAAUAAACUUCUGAAUGAUCUAUUUUAAAGUUUUGAAUUUAUUUACUAAUUGAUAAAAUUCCAGUUCUAAAUUCACACUCGAGCUGAAGGUUUUUUUUUUUUUACCAAUAAAAAUCUUCUGCUCCAAAUGAUUCUUUUGCAGCAAAGUGGUGUUUAUUGAGUUAAAUGUCCAGAAGGAUGCUUGUAUUUUGAAGUUUUGCCCUAUAUCCAGUAUAUACAAUUCACAGUGGAAAAAAAUAGACAUAAAUUUUGUGGGUUUUGUUUCCCUUUCUUCUCUCCAUUGCUUUCUCUAUACAGUAUACAGCAUAGUAGCUCACCCCUCUGAGGCUAGAUAGGUUUUCUAGCCUGGCUCUCAGCAUUGACAUCCUCUCCCACCUGGUAACAAGUAGUGAUAGUGCUAUAAAAUCUCCCACCUAACUUUGUUUGCUGCAUUUCUAAAGCUUUGUUUAGUCACUGGCUUUCCUCAAUUUAAGUGCACAAGGAAAUAUGUGAAAGGAACGUUUCUUGCAGGAGACACAGUAAACAAACUUAUGGUCCAGGAUAGAUGGGCAAAUUUUGUCAUCACGGGCCACAACAACUCUUACUAGAAGCUAUGAGCAUGAGUUCCUAACAUCCACAGCAACAUGGAUGCCAGGGCAGUAGUUCCCCAAGUUCCCAUCCCCUUUCUAGGGAAUAGCUAAAUUUUGAAGUCUCUCUUCCAGAACCCAUUAUACGAUUCAUUGAAUAAUUUCCAUAAGCUUCACUGAUGACAAUCCCUGACACCACCCCAUUCCCACCAUCUUCUUAGCUGAAAAAUAUAGGUCAGUUGCACAUUCCUGUCCUGUAAAGUAGAUUUACUUGCUUCUUCCACCAUAUUUGAUUAAUUUUUCCAAUAUCCCCACAACUUUGGUUAUCAGAUCAAAUCAUUCUUCAUUCAUUUAGAAAAGAACUAGAAAAUCUUCCUCUUUCAUGUUUCUUAACAUUAAAUUGAGCUGCAUCCCAAGGGAAGAAGCCCCUUUCUAAGUUGUUAAUGUUUCUACAUUAUUUCUCUCUCAGUUGAUCCCUUUCUACAGGAGCUAUCUGAACUAGUAUGGAGGAAACAGAGUUGGGUCCCUUUCCAGAUCCUUUCUCUUUGAAUAAUGAAAGCUGUGUUUCUCACCUCAAACAUCCUAUAGUAUGUCUUCCUCCUUAGACCACUGAUGGCAAUGACUGACCCUGCUGCACUGAGCAGCACCCCUUUCAUGAAUACCUUUCCUUCUCCCCUUCACAUCCAUUCAUUCUCUGUCCACCCCUCACAACCACCUAUCAAGCUGAUUAUAGCACUUUUACCGCUUAUGUCAGGCGGGAAGUGAUUGACGUAGAGGGCUCUGUCUAAGCAGAAACAAACAAAAAUACCCCAGGUGACCCGAGAGAAGUAAACUCCAGAAGGGAAACAAGGCCUCCUCUUCCCUCCCUGGUGAGUAUUCCUGUUAUUCCGUUAUGGUUUAAUAUGCAUUCGUAAUUACUUUUAAUAAAUAGUAUACCAUAAAGCUUUUGUUAUAGAUUAAAUGUAAACUGAAAGGAAUGUAAACAUAUGUAUUGUUAAUUAUAAAUAGAUAAGUAAUGGCAUAAUAGAUGAAAAAGGCUUAUUCAGAUGUAUCACACUCAUUUUACUUUACCCACCAACUGUCGCAUGGUAGAGUAGAUUUUUUUGUCUCUGAAUAUGUGAAUAACUUGACUUGCGUUUAUCUUUUUACAUAUUUAAUAAAAAAAAGUAUAUGUUAAAAUCUU